AUGUCGAUCUGGGACUCAUUCAGCGGCCGCAAGUCCAAGGGACCUGAGCCUCUGGAUGCCGCCAACGCGCCCGACGUUUCCUCUUUCCUCUCCGAAGCCUCGAUUCCCGAUCCGUCGAAGCUUCACCCGCUUGCCGGGUUGAAUCAGGAUACCCUCGACUACCUCAGCCUUGAAGACACGAAUCUUGACGAGCUUCCCGGGUCGCGAUCGGUGCUGCCGUCAAGGGGAUGGUCUGAUGACCUGUGUUACGGAACUGGAACCACAUACAUCGCUGCGUUGACGGUGGGAGGAGCCUGGGGUCUUUCGGAAGGCCUGCGACGCACACCCGCGAGCGCGCCACCCAAGAUUCGCUUGAACACCGUUCUCAACUCCAUCACACGGCGAGGCCCAUUCCUCGGGAACUCGGCGGGUGUGGUCGCGAUGGUCUACAACGGCUUCAAUUCCGGUCUCGGCUAUGCUCGAGGGAAGCACGAUUCGGUCAACAGCAUUGUUGCCGGUGCUCUGAGCGGAAUGGUCUUCAAGAGCACUCGUGGGCUUAAGCCUAUGAUGAUUUCUGGCGGUAUCGUGGCUGGUAUCGCAGGUGCCUGGACCGUGACGAGAAAAGCACUCUUCUAA